CCGCCGCCGCCAAUGCAGGUGGGGCUGCGGCGCCUGCGCUGCUCCCGCUGCUGUGCGGCUCGGCCUGUCCGCUCGUCUACCGGCCUGCUGUGCGGUGCUGAGACAUGUGGAGCCGCUACCGGACGGCUGCGGGGCUGCUGAGCCGGGGGCGGUCUCUGAAUCAGAAGUCAUGGAGGUGGAAGAGCGUUUCUGCUAAUGAACGGGCACUGCGGUAUAGGGUUGGAGAACAAAUACAUGGCUUCACGGUAACUCAGGUUACGGCUGUUCCUGAGCUGUUCCUGACUGCGGUGAAGCUAAGUCAUGACAGUACAGGAGCCAGAUAUUUACAUGUUGCUCGAGAGGACUCCAAUAAUCUGUUCAGUUUACAGUUCCGAACCACUCCAAUGGACAGCACUGGGGUUCCACAUAUCCUUGAACACACGGUGUUAUGUGGUUCUCAACAGUAUCCAUGCAGAGAUCCAUUCUUUAAAAUGCUGAACAGAUCAUUGUCCACUUUCAUGAAUGCAUUCACAGCUAGUGAUUACACACUUUAUCCAUUUUCAACACAAAAUCCCAAGGAUUUCCAGAAUCUUCUGUCAGUGUAUUUGGAUGCAGCUUUCUUUCCGUGUUUGCGGCAACUGGAUUUCUGGCAAGAAGGUUGGAGGUUAGAACACGAGAACCCAACUGAUCCUCAGACACCUCUAAUUUUCAAAGGAGUUGUUUUUAAUGAAAUGAAAGGGGCAUUUACAGAUAACGAGAGGGUAUUUGCACAGCACCUGCAGAAUAAACUCCUUCCUGAUCACACUUACGGUGUAGUAUCUGGUGGACAUCCCUUAAGUAUUCCUGAUCUUACAUGGGAGCAGCUUAAACAGUUCCACGCCUCACAUUAUCAUCCCAGCAACUCCAGAUUCUUCACGUAUGGUAACUUUCCACUGGAACAACAUUUGAAGCAAAUUCAUGAGGAAGCGCUGGUAAAAUUUGAAAGAAUUGAAUCAAAGACUGACAUCCCAAAACAGAAACUCUGGGAUAAGCCUCAAGAACACCGUAUAACAUGUGGCUUAGAUUCACUUGCUGCUGAUCCUUCCAAGCAGACGACUGUCAGUGUCAGUUACCUGCUGACAGAGAUUACAGAUGUUUUUGAAACUUUCACGCUGAGCCUCUUGUCUUCACUGUUGGUUGACGGACCGAAUUCUCCGUUUUACAAAGCCUUAAUUGAGUCUGGCGUUGGUACAGAUUUUUCUCCUGAUGUUGGGUUUAAUGGCUCAACAAGAGAAGCCUAUUUCAGUGUGGGUCUACAAGGUAUUUCUGAGAGAGACAUUGAGACUGUGAAACAGAUUAUUGCCAGAACAGUUGAUGAAGUUAUUGAGAAAGGAUUUGAAGAGGACAGGAUUGAAGCUCUACUUCACAAAAUUGAAAUCCAGCUGAAGCAUCAGUCUACAAGUUUUGGUCUUGCCCUGACGUCGUAUAUAGCUUCCUGCUGGAAUCAAGAUGGGGAUCCAGUGGAGCUUCUGAAGAUUGCAGAUAAAGUGUCUCGGUUCAGGCAAUGCCUUAAAGAAAAUCCCGCAUUUCUUCAGGAAAAGGUUAAAAUGUAUUUUAAGGAUAAUCCGCAUCGAUUGACUCUGUCGAUGAGUCCGGAGGAAGGCUACUAUGAGAAACAAGCAAAACUGGAAGCAGAAAAACUGAAAAAGAAGGUCAAUGCUCUUUCUGAAGAAGAGAAAACCCAAAUCUUUGAAAAAGGUUUGGAAUUAAUUGAUCUUCAAAGCAAACCUCAGGAUACCUCUUGUCUCCCGGCUCUAAAAGUGUCAGACAUUGAGCCCCAAAUCCCAUUCACUGUGCUGGAGACAACAUUUGCAGCUGAUGAAGUUCCUGUCCAGUACUGCACUCAGCCAACCAAUGGGAUUGUGUACUUCAGAGCUGUUUCCAGCUUGAACACGCUUCCCGAGGAGCUCAAGCCAUACGUGCCGCUGUUCUGCAACGUCCUUACAAAGCUGGGAUGUGGUGCCCUUGAUUACAGAGAACAAGCCCAGAGGAUAGAGCUGAAAACAGGUGGGAUGUCUGUCAGCCCACAUAUCAUUCCAGAUGAUUCACACCUGGAUGUGUAUGAACAGGGUGUGCUCUUUUCAUCUCUGUGCUUGGAUAGAAAUCUGCCAGACAUGAUGCAUUUAUGGAGUGAAAUAUUUAACAACCCUCGAUUUGAGGAGGAAGAACACUUUAGAGUGCUGGUUAAGAAGACUGCCCAGGAACUGUCAAAUGGGAUUCCAGACUGUGGGCAUUUAUAUGCUUCCAUUAGAGCCAGCAAAAACCUUACACCUUCUGGAGAACUGCAAGAAAUGUUCAGUGGGAUGGAUCAGGUGAAGCUGAUGAAGAGAAUAGCUGAAAUGCCUGAUAUUAAACCAAUACUACGCAAACUACCGCGCAUUAAGAAGUAUCUGUUAAAUAGUGACAAUAUCAGAUGUUCUGUGAAUGCAGCACCUCAACAGAUGUCAGAGGCAUCUAAAGAAGUAGAGAAAUUCAUAAAGGGCAUAACUAGAAGUAAAAAGGAGAGAAAACCUGUCCGCCCCCAUGUGAUUGAGAAGUCUUCAGAAGUCAGACCUGUGGGAAGCAAAAUGCUUAAUAGUUUGCAGAUCACAAGGAAACUAAUUAAUGAUCCUACUUUCAAACCAUGCCCAAUGAAGACCCAUUUUGUACUUCCCUUCCCAGUGAACUAUAUUGGGGAAUGUGUUCGAACAGUUCCCUACACAGCUACAGACUACGCAAGCCUUCGAAUUCUUGCACGGUUGAUGACAUCUAAGUUCCUACAUAGAGAAAUUAGAGAGAAGGGAGGAGCUUAUGGUGGAGGUGCUAAACUUAGUCACAAUGGAAUAUUCAUUUUCUACUCCUACAGGGACCCAAAUUCACUGGCCACCUUGAAAACAUUUGAAAAAGCUGUUGAAUGGGCCAAGUGUGGAGAGUUCACACAAGAAGAUAUUGAUGAAGCCAAGUUGGCAGUAUUUGCUGCUGUCGAUGCACCAAUAGCUCCUUCAGAUAAAGGUAUGGACAAUUUCUUGUAUGGGAUUUCAGAUGAAAUGAAGCAGGCACACAGAGAGCAGCUUUUUGCUGUUAACAAAGAUAACCUGGUUGAUGUAGCAAACGAGUAUCUUGCAAUUGGGAAGAGCACUCGUGGCCUGGCUGUACUUGGCCCAGAAAAUACGGAUAUCACCAAAGAUCCCUCAUGGGUCAAACGAUGAAUAGCUGCUGAACAUCCGUACAAAACAAGCCCCUCUUUGCGACUACAUUAGCUUUUUAUAUUAAUUUUUAACUGAGCUGUGGUCCAGCUUAAAUGCUAAGUUGCUGCUUGUAACAAUGUCCAACAAAGCAGUUAAAAGUGUGUAGAAAAAUGUUGUAACCAUACAGUAUUUGAGAGCAGGAAUGAUUUGUUGUUAUAGCAGAGACAGACUUUAAUAUUUUAUUCAAGACUCACUCCUUCCAUCACAUACGGAUACUAUAUAAAUAAAAUAUUUUUGUAUAUGUAGAACUUCAGAGUUCUAAAUGGCAAUGGGUUAAAACAUGUCUGCUAUUGGGUAUAUAAAGAACUAUGUCUCUUUUA